AUGGUGACCUCACUGGUAGUGCUACUGUUUGGCCUAGUGCCAUCCACAGUGCGAAGUGUGCACAUUGCACCAAAUAGCGAUAGUGAGUGGUGGAAAUCGGGAAUAUUCUAUCAAAUCUAUCCACGUUCGUUUAUGGACAGUGAUGCAGAUGGCAUUGGUGACUUGCGUGGUAUCACGCAACGGUUGGAGUAUUUAAGUCAGAACAAAAUUACCGGAUUCUGGUUGUCGCCAAUUUUUAAAUCCCCAAUGGUAGAUUUCGGGUACGACAUUUCUGAUUAUUACUCUAUACAGCCCGAGUAUGGUAGUUUGGCCGACUUUGAUAAAAUGGUAAGGGAAGCCAACGCACUUGGGAUGGAAGUUAUUCUAGAUUUCGUCCCUAACCAUACAAGUGAUGAGCAUGAGUGGUUUAAAAAGUCCGAACUGCGAGUGCCUGGCUUCGAAGAUUUCUACAUAUGGCACCCGGGGCGGCCGAAUCCAAACGACAGCACGGCCCGUCCGAUUGUACCAUGCAAUUGGAUUAGUUUCUUCCGGGGUAGUGCUUGGCAAUGGAGCGACGUGCGCAAGGAAUACUAUCUGCAUCAAUUCUCGGUAAAACAACCCGACUUAAACUACCGAAAUCCUGCCGUAGUCGAGGCAAUGAAAGAGGUCAUGCGAUAUUGGCUUGGGCGAGGGGUAGCGGGAUACCGCAUCGAUGCAGUGCCGACCUUGUUUGAAGUGGCUCCAGACGGAAACGGGAACUAUCCGGAUGAGCCGCUUAGUGGCAAUACAGAUGACCCGGAAGAUCCGGGUUACCUUGUACACAUCUACACCCAGGAUCAAAAUGAAACCCUCGAUAUGGUGUACCAGUGGCGUGCAGUUAUGGAUGAAUUCGUACAGCAAUAUGGCGUUAGAGAGCGCAUUAUAAUGGCCGAGACGUACUCUCCGAUCGACACCGUCAUGAAGUAUUAUGGAAAUGAGACCGUGCAUGGUGCACAAAUUCCUUUCAAUUUUCAUUUCAUAACCGAUUUAAAUCAAAAUUCCUCGGCUAAGGAUUUUCAGCGCACAAUCAAUUACUGGAUUGAUCAUAUGCCAGCACUGGAGACCAUCGUUCCGAAUUGGGUGCUAGGCAAUCACGACCAGCACCGUGUGGCAAGCAGAUUCGGUGAGGACAUGAUAGAUGCGAUGAAUAUGAUCAUGCUUAUGUUGCCAGGUGUUAGUGUCACCUACAACGGCGAGGAAAUUGGAAUGGAAGACGUUUGGAUAUCUUAUAAUGAUACUGUAGAUCCAGCAGCUUGUAAUGCCGGUCCAAACCGAUAUCAAUACACUACACGGGAUCCAGAACGAACGCCUUUCCAGUGGGAUUCGAGCAAAAAUGCAGGUUUUUCGACCGCCAAUCAUACUUGGCUGCCCGUUUCAUCCAACUACACGCUGGUAAAUGUUAAACUACAGCAGGGGAUAGCAAGAAGCCACCUUAACGUGUAUCGUAGUUUGGUUGAAAUGAAGCAAACUGUAGCAUUUGUUCCACAUAGCUUAGGAAUAUUUGUGCAAGGAGAUGUGCUAAUCGUUCUCCGACAUGCUAACAUCGACGGGAUUUUAAGCUCUAUAUAUACAGUUGCAAAUAUUGGCAAUCAGCAGACAACGAUCAAUCUCACCACAUACGAGCCGUCGCUUGAAACGGGCAUAUUAAUCCUUACGAGUGUUACAUCAAACCAUAACAAAAACGACUUAGUCUUGAUGAAGCACAUUGUAGUGGAAUCAAAAGAAUCUUUCGUUCUGGUAGCUUACCACAAUGUUCCGGAAGUUAUACAGAUUUAA